UACGAUCACUUCUUGUUCAGUAAAUGUUUCGUGCAGACGUUCAGCCCUAAUAGUGUUGCAAUAGAUAUAGUUAAAUAAAUAAAAUAAAACUACAAAUAAAUAAAGAUAAAAGUGAAUGUAAGGAAUUACAAAAAAUAUGAAAAUAGUAAUUUUGUUCUUAACCUUUUGCCGUGUAUCGGCAGUGAUUAACCAGUUAAACGAUGCAGAAUAUGCUACCAUGCCACCUGUGUUCCACCUUGACCGAUAUAAAUUGUGUGUGGACCAAACAGGGGGAAUCUACUGUAUGGUGGAAAUCCAUUUAGUAGGAGACAGUGACAACGAUCUCUUAAGAAUGAUACAUGAAUACAGUGAACGGAAGGAAACUCAUUUCAAUCAUUCACGGCUGCAUUAUGGUAUUUGUUUUACAAAAAUGUGCAAAGACUAUAUAAAAACAGAAGAAGCAGAUUCAAAAGAUUUGCUUUUAGUAAUCGAACAAUGUUUGAAUGCAUCAUUUUGGGACCAAUACAAGUUGAAAACUAAAAUAGAUGAAGAUACGAUAUGCCACAGUAAAGACCAGAGUUACUCUACAGAGCCAAUAGAUGUAGUGGUUGCAGUUUUAUGUUUAUGUAUAUUGUUGUUAAAUGCAGCUGGAAGUAUUUACGAUACAAUAAUUGUAAAAAGAAAUCAUUCGGGCAAUAAGUGGCUGUUAUGCUUUUCAAUCAAACGUAAUUGGUCGAAAUUAAUAGAAACGCAAGAAGAUCGACAAAAUGGAAUAGAACGCUUAAAAGGUUUAAACGGAAUGAAGUAUGUACAAUCUCAGUCAUCUUUCCGUUCAAUUUUAUUUUGAACAGCUUUCGUCCUUGUAAAUUUAAAAAAAUAACAAAUAGACUA